CCCCAGCACAUUCUGUGUGGGCUUCCCGGAGAGCACGCGGGCGUGGGCGGUCCCGCUGAGAGUCCCUUUGCGCCUGAGUACGACAGACCUCCGGAGCCUCUGCGUCUGAAGUCCUAUCCUAAACGCUGGACCUCGCAGCCAUGUCAGCCCCAAGGGAGGUGGCGAUCGGCAUCGAUCUCGCGUGGGCGUGUGGCAAGGUGGGAAUCCUCCUCGCCGACGACCGGGGCAGCCGCACCACGCUCAGCUACGUGGCCUUCACGAACACCGAACGGCUGGUGGGCGACGCCGGGAGUCAAACUUACCUGAACGCGCACAACACCGUGUUUGACUCCAAACGGCUGAUAGGGCGCAUGUUCUCGGAAGCGACGGUGCAGUCGGACGUAAAGCAUUGGCCUUUCCAGGUGGUGAGCGAGGGUGGCGAGCCCCAGGUGCGCGUGUCCCACCGCGGGGAGGACAAGGCGUUCUACCCCGAGGAGAUCUCGUCCAUGGUGCUGAGCAAGAUGAAGGAGACGGCCAGCCUGUGAGUGAUCACGGUGCCUGCCUACUUCAACGACUCGCAGCGCCAGGCUCCCAAAGACCAGGGUGCCAUCGCCGGGCUCAACGUGCUGCGGAUGAUCAGUGAGCCCGCUGAGGCUGCCAUUGCCAAUGGGCUGGACCGGCUUGGGGCAGGAGCCAGUGUGCUUAUUUCUAACCUUGGUGGAGGCACUUUUGAUGUGUCGAUCCUCACUGUCGACCCUGGAGUCUUCGAGGUAAAGGCCACAGCCGGAGACACUCACCUGGGUGGAGAGGACUUCGACAACCAGCUGACGAACCACUUUGUGGAGGAGUUUUGGUGGAAGCAUGGAAAGGAUAUGAGCCGUAACAAAUCGGCCCUUCGACGAUUGCGCACGGCCUGUGAGAGCGCCAAGUGCACCCUGCCCUCCAGCACCCAGGCCACUCUGGAGAUUGACUCCCUGUUCGAAGGCACGGACUUCUACACAACCAUCACUCGUGCCCGCUUUGAGGAACUGUGCUCGGACCUCCGCAGCACCCUGGAGCCUGUGGAGAAGACCCUGAAGGAUGCCAAGCUGGGCAAGGCCCAGGUCCAUGACGUCAUCACGGUGGGUGGUUCCACCCGCAUCCCUAAGGUGCAGAAGCUAUUGCAGGAUUUCUUCAGUGGCAAAGAGCUGAACAGGACCAUUCAUCCUGAUGAGGCUGUGGCCUAUGGGGCUGCUGUGCAAGUGGCCGUGUUGAUUGGGGACAAGGGUGAGAAAGUACAAGAUCUUCUGCUGCUGGGUGUGGCUCCCCUGCCAUUAGGGCUGGAGACAGCAGGCGGGGUGAUGACCACAAUAAUCCAGAGGAAUGCUACCAUUCCCACCAAGCAGACUCAGACUUUUACCACCUACUCUGGCAACCAGCCUGGGGUCUUAAUCCAGGUGUUUGAGGGCGAGAGGGCCAUGACCAAGGACAACAAUCUGCUGGGGCGUUUUGAGCUCGGUGGCAUCCCUCCUACCCCAGGUGGAGUCCCUCAGAUAGAGGUGACUUUUGACAUCGAUGCCAAUGGCAUCCUUAGUGUGACAGCCACUGACAGGAGCACGGGCAAGGCCAACAAGAUCGUCAUCACCAAUGACAAGGGCCGGCUGAGCAAGGAAGUGAAGAGAAUGGUUCAUGAGGCUGCACAGCACAAGGCUGAGGAUGAGGCCCAGAGGGACAGGGUGGCUGCUGAAAACUCCCUGGAGGCUCAUGUGUUCCAUGUAAAGGACUCCUUGCAAGAGGAAAGUCUUAGGGACAAGAUCCCAGGAGAAGACAGGCGCAAAGUGCAAGACAAGUGUCAGGAAGUCCUUGCCUGGCUGGAGCACAACCAGUUGGCAGAGAAGGAGGAAUAUGAGUAUCAGAAGAAGGAACUAGAGCAAAUCUGCUGCCCCGUCUUUUCUAGGCUCUCUGGAGGGUCUAGUGUUCCUGGAGCCAGCAGCUGUGGGGCUCAAGCCUGCCAGGGGAGGCCCAGUACCGGCCACCUCAUUGAGGAAGUCAAUUGAAUGACUCCUUAAUGUAAGUCUGCUAUUACUGUAAAGACUUGGGCCUUUGGGCCUUCUAGGGUAUCUUCUAUGAUUCUGUCCUGUAACAUCGGGGGUUCUGAGGUGACAGGUAUCUUCCCCCUAAAGCUGAGCGCUUUCUUCACAGUAUGUUGUAUAACCAAGGUCUUUGUCAUUUUGACAUUUUGAAAAAAUUCCUCUUCUUCAAU